CAUACACAGGAAAAUCGGAUGUAAAUUGUAAAGUAUUCAGUAUAAUUAAAAAACAAGAAAAAGCCGAGAAGAAGAGAGAAGAAUGCAAUGGAGGACGCAGACGCAGACCCGUGGUUGGCGGCGGACAAGGCCUACCAUGUCAUGUUCUGCUUCGUGCUCACUUUUCUCUUCCACAGCGCCGCAUCCCUCACCCCACACCCUUUCCUUCGCCGCCAGUCAAUUCCCCUCGCAUCCAUGGCUUCUCUCCUGGCUGGCGCCGCUAAAGAAGCCGCCGACCACCUGGGCUACUUCCGAUCCGCCGGAGCAUCCCUGAAGGACGCCCUCGCCGAUCUGCUUGGCGUCAUCCUCGCUACAUCUCUUCUCUCUCUUGGCACUCUCAGAAUCAAACGCUCUAUUCCUCCUCCUCCCCCUGAUCGCGGAAUAUCGCUGGUUUGA